GUUAGUGGGCGUGCGUCAGUUUAAAAUCAGUGAGAGAAGAGAAACCACGUUGAUAAGAGUCGGCAUUUACAGCGCCAUGAAAGAACGGAGUUCCUGUGGAAAACUGAAAUAAGGACUUUCUGAAACCAGUCAUUUAUCUUUUUUUUUUUUGUUUGUUUUUUUCCCGGGAUAUCAAAGUUCGGCUGAAGUCUCUGUAUCCCAUCUACUUGUCACUAUGGCUGAGCCUGCUGAGCUGCUGCUCAUCAAGGACCAGUAUGAGCUGGCGUUUCAUUCCCUGAGUCGUGGGUUGGCUGCUGAAGACGCCGGUAAUAAAGCAGAGGCCCUUGAGUAUUACAGAAAGGGCCGACAGCACCUUACCCAAGGACUGGGCGUUCCCACUGUGGGGGAGAGGCAGCAGGGAGUGGCCUGGGACACAGCCAGGCAGCUUCAGCAGAGAAUGAGGGACACUCUGAGUACUGUCAACGCUCACCUCUCUGACCUGGAUACCUCUCAGCUGACAACAGGAAGCCAGAGGAGCCGACUGUUAAUGGACCUUCCUCCCAAUCUUUAUCCAGACCUGGCACGUAACAGUCAGCCUCCCCAUAGCUCUCUUCACCAUCUGUACCCCACCAUUCCUCCCACGACCCAGAGCACAACCCCAACCCCAAACACAGCCCCUGUCAGACCUGCUUCCCCUGCUGCUACACACAGAUACACACUCCCUGCAGUGGCUCCAGGAACUAUAGGCAUGGCUAACCCAGGGGACCAGCCUCCAGCGUACACACCAAAGCCCACAGACGGGCACCAGAGCCUGGCUUAUAGUCCUGCUGGCAGAGGCUUCGGGUCAGGAAAGCAGACUGGAGCAGGACGAGAUGGAAACGAGCUGCUUUUCAUUCCCUCUGGGGUGCAGAUGUUUUUCGUGGCGCCAAAUGGACAGGUCAGCUCCCUGUCUAAUCCAGGGUAUGUUCGCAUCAUCACAAUGGACAGUGAGCACAAGGAUUCCACUGCUGGAAAACCAGCAGCAUUUCUAGAUGUGUGUGACUGGCUGUACCCACUGACAACAGACACUCCAGUGCUGUUGGCUAACUCUGGGAUCUUCAUGUUCCCUGACUCCUUGGCAGACACUCCAGGGUCCUAUGUGGGCAUUGUGUUGUCCUCUGAACUGCCUGCUGCUGACCGAGAGAUGUUUCAGGACUUACUCUCACAGCUUGCUGAGCUCAGGGUCCAGAGUCCAGACGGGGCAGAAGCAGAGGUCAUCAACCUGAGUGCAAAAGUUCCCCUUGAUCCCCCGAAAGAGCAAACAAAACUAACAGUGCCGACAGGGGAUAAGGAAAAACUACCACUUCCUGGAUGGAGUGAGAAGAUGGCACAAGGAAUAUUGUCAGGAGCUACGCGGUUUAGUGAAGGGUUUGCAAAAGGAGCAGAGGCCACAGGUAGGGCCAUUCACAAAGGAGCAGCCAAGAUCCGGGACCGCAUCACCCCUGAAGAAACUCCUUCAGAGGUCAGCCCCCGUGUCAACAAAGGUCUGCAGGUUGCUAAGCAGGCCACCGAGGGUGCUGUGCGAGUCAGUCAGUUCUUGGUUAAUGGAGUGAGUACGGUGGCAGGACACGUGGCAGAUAAGAUGGCACCGCAUGUGAAGAAACAUGGCGCUAAGCUAGUCCCUGAGUCUAUGAAGAAGAGCAAAGAUGGCCAAGCUUCCCACUUAGAUGGAGCCAAGUUUGUGGCAGCCAGCAGUAUACAAGGUUUGUCUGCUGUUUGGUCCAGUCUGGAGACCGGAGCAAAGCUUGUUGGCAAAAGUGUUGCAUCAGAAACAGUCACAACUGUGACGUACAAGUAUGGAAAUAAAGCAGGCCAAGCCACUGACACAGGUCUCAAGUCAGUGUCCAAUGUCGGCUUGACUGCGUUCAACAUUGACAAUCUGGGCAUCAAAGCCAUGCUGAAGACAGCAGGCAAGUCAACAGCCAAGGCCAUGGUCAAAAGCUCGGAUGGACAGUCCGCAGAAACUGAGGGGAAGGACGCACAGAAACAAGAACAUCAAGCAGAGACUGAGAAGAACGAAGUGCAGAAAAAAGAGGAGGAAGAGAAGAAAAAAUAGAUUCCAACAGGAUGUUAUUGCUUUACUGGAAGGUCUCAGAUUGAUGGGUCGCUUCCUCAUUUACAGUUUUUGUAAAAGUAUGUAAAGACCGCUCAUUUUUGGAGUAAAUAUUUUGUUGUGUUAAUUAUGGAGGAAAAAAAGAAGGUAGUUAAACACAGUAAUCAGCCUAAAUCAAUCCGCUGUUUUACUUAAAGGUUAUCAAUAUCUCUAGGUCAGCUAUGGCUAUGUUGUUCUGUGAUUGUAAACUUUCAAACUAAACUAAUGAUGUUUGUGGUAGGUGGUAGUGUAAGCUUGUGUUUUCUGUAUAUGCUGUCCAUAUUUUUGAGGACCUGUACUAGUAAACCUGUUUACUUGCUACAGCUAAAGGCCCAUUUUUAGCUAUAGCCUUUAUAUUGAUAUAUAUAUAUGUAUGAAAGAAUGUAAAAUGUGUAUAAAAAUAACAUAAAUUUCACAUAUUUUCCUUAAUGGGAUGUCUGAGGAGUUCUCAGAGAGGGACAAAAAAAACCCCCAAAACAUACAAACGUAUAUAGAAUACUAAACUCGCACACACAUUCAUAGAUGCGCUGAGCUCUGCUUGUUUUCUGUAUUGUAAUUUCAUACUCUGCAAGAUAAAUCAACUGGCCUUUAUCGGCUGUUUAUGCAGGAUGUUGAAUUAAGAGCCGUGUAUAUAGAGGACGUUGAUUUUCAGGCCCAAUUAAGCGCGAAAUGAGCUUCAUAAAAUGGCUGCUUGCAGGGGGAAAAAAAAAAAAA